CAUUGACCCGGGAACAGUUGGACAUGUCCUGCCCAAGCAAGGAGACCCUGACUCCUCUCUGCAAUCUGAAGACCCUGUACUGGGCUUGUGUUCACAAUGACCCCGCUGAGCUCCAAGCCAGGCUGGAUGCUGGGGUCUCCCCAGAGGAGGCUUCCCAAGUGGACAGCAAUGGGAGGACAGGCCUCAUGGUCGCAUGCUAUCGUGGCUUUGGUACCAUUGUGGCUCUUCUCAGCGGCUGUCCUUUCCUGGAUGUGAACCAGCAGGACAAAGACGGAAACACCGCCCUCAUGCUCGCUGCUCAAGCAGGUCACACGCCGCUGGUGACUUCCCUGAUCAACUACUUUGCUGGCCUGGACCUGGAGCGCAGGGACCAUCGGGGGCUCACAGCUCUGAUGAAGGCUGCCAUUCGAGACCGCUCCGAAUGUGUGGUUGCCCUCCUCAUGGCAGGUGCUGACCUGAGCUCGGUGGAUCCCGUCCGUGGCAGGACGGCCUUGGAAUGGGCCGUUCUGACUGACAGCUUCGACACAGUGAGGAAGAUCAGGCAGCUGUUGAGGCGGCCACAGGCAGAACAGCUCAGCCUGCGGUACCAACCCGAGUGGCCAGCCUUGACUCAGCUUGUGGCCCAGGCCCAGGCCCAGUCUGCCCCAUCCCUCCUAGAAAGGCUCCAAGCUACCCUGAGCCUCCCUUUUGCUGAAUCCCCACAGGAAGGAGGUGUUCUGGACCACUUUGUGACUGUCACCACCAGCUUGGCCAGUCCCUUCCUCACCACUGCCUGCCACACACUGUGCCCUGAUCACCCACCCAUGCUGGGCAUUCGAGGCAAGUCAGUGCCAGAGCUGUUGGGCACUGCCCCUCCCCCUCCCCCAGCACCCCAUCCUCCUCAGGCUGUCCCUGUUCCCCAGGUCUUUGUCCCCUACCAGAGCCCUCGGAGUAUGCUCUCCCAGUGGCUGCAGUCGAGGGACAGUACUGAUCCCAGGUCCCAAAUUCCCAAGAUCCUCCUCUCCAAGGCACCCUCUCCCCCUACCCAGUAUGAGUUGCUACUCAGGCCUGGAGGGCAGCGAAGUCUGGCUCUUCCUCUCUGGAGAUACCAGGAGAGGAAGAAGCAGGAGCAAGGAACAGAGCCAUGGGGAGGUGGGCUAGGUCAGGCUGGAGGCAGGUAAGACACAUCCCUAUCUGGGGCCUCUUCU